CAAGGUGGGUCGCAGCCCGGCGUGUUUGGGCGACUCACCAGCAGCCGUCUUUUCAAAACAUCCUUUCACUCGGGGGCCUGGGAGGCGGCGGAACGGUGAUGCACUUCAAUUAAAACCAUGUAGCCUUUCCACCGCAAUUUGCAAAGUCACACAGAGCGAGCGAGCCUGUUAAAGAAAUUUAGAGAAGCCGCGGCCUAGUGGUUAGGCGCUAGGCCCAGCCUCACGGCUGCAGGAGAAGAACUGCCAUGACAUCGGCUGAGACCAUGGACCUGGCGGUGGAAGAGCUGGGCCUCUCGAUGGACGAGAUCCGUGAAUGGAUUGACCAGGAACUGGAGAAGGUGGACUUCCUAAAGCAACGCCGAGCUGCCCUGCAGGAACUGGAGAGCUGGGUGGAGAAGAAGGAGGCUGAGGUGGCUCAUGUCGACGGGCUCUUUGAGGAUGCAUCCAGGUCAGUGGACAUGUGCGAGUCGAUGGUGAAGGAUCUAUACAACAACCUGGGCCUUCAGUACGAGGAGACGGCCGCAGAGGGGUCAACCAAGAAGGAUGCUGCUAAACUGUCGGAAGUGAUCGAGAUCCUGGACGACGACGAGGAAGAUGACGAUGACGUGAUGGCUGUGGAACCUGCGGAGACGGGGCGAGCCGCACCCCCAGCAUCCACCACGUCGACCGUGACCGCCCUGGGCAAGAUCACCCGCGAGCCGUCCCUGCUGCGGGAUGCCAUGGCCGCGAUGCGCAAGUCUGCCCGGGAUGUUCAGAAGUUUGUGGAGGCCGUUUCCAGGAAGCCUCAGCCUGCCUCCGUGGGUCUGCUCCGGGCUGCGAACACGGGAGCAGAGGCGGACAAGAGCAGUCAGCCUGGCCUUGCCUUCUCAGUGCCAUCCUCCCCUACCAGCACCCUCUCGUCCACCUGCAGCUCCCACCCACGCCCAGCCCGCCUCCCCGCGCCGCAGCCCCCAACCGCCAACCCGCCACAGGUGGGCAGCUCCGUCGUGGAGGACGGCGAGGUGGUGAAGGACGGCGACCUCUUCAAGGGCAUGCGGAUCCUGGGCAAGAAGAGAACCAAAACAUGGCACAAAGGGAUGCUGAUUGCCAUUGUGACCACAGGCAGCGCCAACAAGUACAAAGUGAAAUUCGACAACAAGGGCAAGAGCCUGUUGUCGGGAAACCACAUUGCCUAUGACUACCACCCUGCUGCUGACCGCCUGAUGGUGGGGAGCAGAGUGGUCGCCAAGUACAAGGAUGGCAACUCCGUGUGGCUGUACGCUGGCAUCGUGGCGGAAACCCCCAACAACAAGAACAAGACACGGUUCCUUAUUUUCUUCGAUGACGGCUACGCCUCCUAUGUCAACCUGUCAGAACUGUACCCCGUCUGCAGGCCGUUGGCCAAAACCUGGGAGGAUAUCGAGGACGUCUCCUGCAGGGAUUUUAUCGAGGAGUACAUCACCGCCUACCCCAACAGGCCCAUGGUGCUGCUCAAGAACGGCCAGCAGAUUAAGACCGAGUGGGAGGGCACCUGGUGGAAGUCUCGGGUCGAGGAGGUGGACGGUAGCCUGGUGAAGAUCCUCUUCCUGGACGACAAGCGUUGUGAGUGGAUUUACCGCGGUUCCACCCGCCUGGAGCCCAUGUUCAACCUGAAGAUGACCACGGCCUUCCGGCAGGGUGGCCAGAGCGGGCAGCAGCGGACCCGGCCUAAUGUAGGUGCUGUUCGGACCAAGGGUCCAGUGGUACAGUACACCCAGGACCUGACUGUGAGCACAACUCACAGCCCUCAGCUCUCGCGUCCGUCCAACCAGCAGCAGUCCCUGCCUCCGCCUCAUCGACCCCAGUCUCCCAAUGACAAAACUGAUCCAGGAAACCUGGCGCUAUCGAGGAAGCAGGUGGCGAAGAAAAGCACCGCGUUCCGGCCGUCACUCCUUCCCGUCCGAGCAACGGACUCCACUGCCCCAGAGACCGCGGCCGCGGGUGACGCCCCUUCAGCUGGCAAGCCAGCACCAGGGAGCCAGCAGUACAGGGCGGGUGCGGUGCCCGCCGGUGCCCUGGAAUCUGGCACCGGCCCUCCCCAGCUGCCGUACGAGCUCCUGGACGAGCCGAUGCCAGUGGAGGCGCCGUACAGGGCACCGAGCGAGAAGCUGUUCUACGUGGCGCAUGUGUGCCAGCCCAGCUGCCUGGCACGCCCCCAGGCCGCGAGCCGUGAGCAGCACCGCGGCCGCAACCCCAUGCUGGUGCCCCUGCUGUACGACUUCCGCCGCAUGACCGCACGGCGUAAAAUCAACCGCAAGAUGUCCUUCCACGUGGUGUAUAAGGGACCAUGCGGGCUGUCGCUGCGCAACAUGGCAGAGGUGGAGCAGUAUCUAUCGGCCACCGGCGCCGACUUCCUCUACCUGGAGAUGUUCUGCUUCGACCCCUACGUGCUGGUCGACCGCAAGUUCCAGCCCCAGAAGCCCUUCUACUACAUCCGGGACAUCACCCACGGCAAGGAGGACGUGCCGCUCUCCUGCGUCAACGAGAUCGACUCCACGCCACCGCCGCACGUGGCCUACAGCAAGGAGCGCAUCCCCGGCGAAGGGGUCUACAUCAACACCCACGCCGACUUCCUGGUGGGCUGCGACUGUACCGACGGCUGCAAGGACAGGUCGAAGUGCGCUUGUCUCCAGCUGACCAUGCAGGCAACUGCCUGUAGCCCAGGCGGUCAGAUCAACUACAACGCGGGCUAUCAGAGCAAACGGCUGGACGAGUGUUUACCCACGGGGAUCUAUGAGUGCAACAAGCGGUGUAAAUGCAACAUUGGGAUGUGCACCAACCGACUGGUGCAGCACGGCCUACAGGUCAGGCUGCAGCUCUUCAAGACCCAGAACAAGGGCUGGGGCAUUCGCUGCCUGGAUGAUAUCGCCAAGGGAUCGUUUGUCUGUAUUUACGCAGGUAAGAUCCUCACCGACGACUUUGCGGAUAAAGAGGGCCUGGAGAUGGGCGACGAGUAUUUUGCCAAUCUGGACCACAUCGAGAGCGUGGAGAAGUACAAAGAAGGCUACGAGAGUGAUGCCAAGUGUUCGUCGGACAGCAGUGGUGUGGACCUGAAGGAGGAGCACGACCACAGCGGCACUGAGGCCGAGGAUUCCAGCUCCGACAGCUCCGACCAGAACUUUGGCGGCAACGACGACGCCUACGUGCCCAGCUCGGUCUGGCGCAGCUACGUCACGCGCACCAAGAGCCGCGAGCAGAAGGAGAACGGAUCGGAGACCGGCCUGACCCGCCUGGAGGAGCCUGGCCCGCCCUCGGCCUCAGCCGCUCCCGCUGCCCCCCAGCCACCGCUGCCCGCCCCCUGCAAACUGCCCGUCACCGAGGAGACGGCCAAGAACAAGGUAGCCUCCUGGCUCAGCGCCAUGCGGGUGGCCAACUCCCCUGUGGACCCCGAGGCCGCGGGGGAGGCCAAGCCCCUCAAAGACGAGGCGGUGAAGGCCGAGGGGACGGCUCCCAAGCCAGAGGAGGGGGAGGAGGAGGAGGCGGAGGAGGAGGAGGCGGGCGUUCCCAGACUCACUGGCGUGGACUCCAAGCCAUGGGGCAAGCAGGAGGCAGAGAAGAAAGAUGCCAAGGUCGAGGUGGCAGACCUGAAGAAUCCUGAAGCACCACCUCACCUGAAAAUAUCUUCGCCGUUUGACAACGCAUCCCGCAACUUUGGCUACAACCCGCGGCCGGCCCGGAGCGAGGGGAUUCGCCGGCCUGUCAGUAAGACCACCCUGCUUCAGGCACGUCGCAACUCCACCCCAGCACCUUCCGCCAAAGAUGAGGUGAUGACACUAUCAAGCAGCUCAGACACCGAGAUGGAGACGGGCACACAGACUAGCGGCAGCCGUAAGCCCACACAGGGCCAGGCACCCACCGCCACUGCUGCGGCCGACAGCGAUGACGUUCAGACCAUCUCCUCGGGCUCCGACGAGGCGUACAGCGCAGACAAGAAAGAUGAGAGCGAUCCAAAGGACACAGACAGCGUCAACAAGAGGCAGGUGGCAGUGAAGUCGACCCGGGGCUUUGCACUGAAAUCCACCCACGGCAUCGCCGUCAAGGCCAGCAACAUGGAGAAGGGCGAUGGUGGCAGUGGGCACAGGAGCACCAGACAGUUCUACGAUGGUGAGGAGUCCUGCUACAUCAUUGAUGCCAAGCUGGAGGGCAACCUGGGCCGCUAUCUCAAUCACAGCUGUAGCCCGAACCUGUUUGUACAGAAUGUCUUCGUGGACACACACGACCUGCGCUUCCCCUGGGUGGCCUUCUUCGCCAGCAAGCGAAUCCGUGCGGGCACUGAGCUGACCUGGGACUAUAACUACGAAGUGGGCAGCGUGGAGGGGAAGCAAUUGCUGUGCUGCUGCGGUUCCACAGAAUGCAGGGGGCGGCUGCUGUAGGGACCCCCCCCCCCCACCCCCCCAAACUCACCCCACACCUGUGAUCCCUCUCCACCCUCCACACCUAUCUGCCUCUCCCCCCAGGGGUUCCCCUCAGCACUGUCUCCAAUUGACGGUGGGGGCAGGUGACCCAUAGCCAUCCCAUUCCCUCUGUCCCUCUUGUCCUGGGAGAAAUUCCCUGCCAUAAACAGGGAUGUGUUGGGAGAUGUCCCCCACCCUCCCCCACCCCAACUCACGCCUGGUGGGUCCUCGGUGCCAGCCUGCGCUACUACCUGAUGUGCGGCCUGUUGGCAUCUCCUCCUAACGAGUGAAGGAGACAGCCGGUGCACCCUGCGUGCCGUCUCUGUGCCUAUCGGGCAGCCGGCCCACUCACUGUCACAAUGAUUAACUGUUGCCCAUCACCCACACGCCCUUUCUGUUCAGUAUUCCCCUCUGUAAGGCAUUGGGGUGGGUGGGGUGGCACAGACAUGGUCAGGCACUGCUCGGGCCAACAGGUGUGGGUAAGACAAACGCCAGGUGUGUCCCAUCAGUGUCUCUGGGAAGUGCACCAUUCCACGGACGGGCACGGAUCCAUGGAGAUGGACACAGCGAUGGACGGGCUCUGAGAGGGAUAUGCGUGCAUCGCACCAUGCCCACACACUCUCAAAGCUCCACUUUGUGUGUUUAGCCCUCCCUGCCUUAACAAAUAAAGUUGUAAUCUUUUUUUUUAAAUAUAUAUUUAAACAAAA